AUGUUGACGAAGCUUUUUGAGUUAUAUAAUGGAUAUGCAUACAGAGUUGGUUUUAGUGUGAGGAAAGGCCAACAACGUUAUAAGGCAUCUACUAAGUCAAUUCAGAUGAAGAGGUUCUUCUGUGCUAAGGCUGGGUAUAAGCAGAAACCAAACAGUGGUGUUAAGCUUUAUUCAAAGAUUGAUAUGAGGACUGGAUGUGGUGCAUUUGUUCAGUUUGAUGUGGGGGGUGAUGGGAUGUGGACAGUUACAAAACACUUGAAAGAGCACAAUCACGAGUUAUGUUCAUUUGGCAAGAGUCAUCUGCUUCGGUCGCAUAGAAGAGUGGGAAACAAUCAGCUUGAAUAUUUAAAAGACAUGAAGAGUAGUGGUGUUGCAUUGGCGGAUGGUAUGAGGUUUUUGAAACAUCAGUCAGGGGGCUCUCCAUUGGUUGGCUUUACCAACCGCGAUGCUUACAAUUCAAUGGCUUCUGUGAGUUUGAAGUGUUUGGAUGGAUCGGAUUCAAAUUCUUUGGUUGAGAUAUUCAGGAGGAGGCAAUCUAAUGAGGCUGAUUUCUUUUUUGAUUUCGAAAGCGUUUUAAGAUCCAUGGAUGGCAAGUGUCCACAGACUAUCAUGACGGAUCAAUGUUCAGCUAUGGCUGCUGGCAUUUCCAUGGUGUUUCCUACAUCACGCCACCGUCUUUGCAUAUGGCAUAUUGGUGAGAAUUCGAAGAAGCAUAUUAAGGCAUUGAGGAAUCAUAAGGAUUUUCUGGAUAUGUUUAAUUGUGUGUUGAAAUACACCGAGACUGAAGCUGAAUUUGAGGUUUACUGGACAAGGAUGGUUACAAAAUAUAAUUGUCAUAAGAAUACAUGGCUAGAGAAGCUUUAUGACUGUAGGGAGAAGUGGUGUCCAGCGUUCAACAAGGAUUAUUUCUCCGGGGGUAUUUUAUCUUCGCAAAGGAGUGAAAGCACAAAUCAUGCAAUUUCUAGGAGGCUGUCCAAGACUGCUGGUUUAUGUGAUUUUUAUUCAUCAUUUGUGAGUGUUAUAUCUGAAUGGAGAAGUAAGGAAAAUGGCGAGGAUUUUCGUUGCAAGCUGUUUUCAGAAUUGGGAAUACUUUGCUGCCACUGCUUACGUAUACUUCAUGUGCACUGUGUUUCCAGUAUUCCCGAUAAAUACAUUCUAAAAAGAUGGACUAAAAAGGCUGUUGAGCGUACAAACGUGGACAUUGCAUCUGUGUUUUAUAAUGGUGGUGUCCCUUCUUCAAUUUGGGCUGUUGAGAUUAGUAGGAAAUUUCAAAGGCUUAUUGUUUCUAGCCAAGAUAACAGUGUUGCUAGACAAUUAUGUGAUGAAGCCGUUGAGAAUGCAAGGAAAAACAUUGAAGCUGAGAUUGGGGAUGUGAACACUGAGGAGGGUGCUGUGUCUUCGUCAAGUGGUAUUGUCCAAGACCCCUCAAGCCGGAGGGGUAAAGGUGUGAGAAAUAAAAGGAGUAGUAGUGUUAUUGAGAAGAAGUACAAUGCAGCAAGGGGAAGAAAGAGCGCUGCAAACAAGCUUGCUUCAAUUACAAAGGGCUCUGUCCAAUCAUUGGUCUUGGAAAAUAUUUCAGAGAUUGCUCGUGAUGGAUAUCUUGUACAUCCAAGCACCGGGGGUUCACAAUUUGUUCAUUUUAAUAAGAAUGUAGACCACGAUGUAGCUAUAGACUGA